AUGAUUAAAGCAUAACUCUUUGUGGAGAGGGAAUUAUUGUAGGAGAUGAAAAGUGUGAUGAUGGAAAUUUAAUUAAAUUUGAUGCUUGCUUUGAAUGCUAAUUUGAGUGUUAAGUUGAAUUUAUAGAUUGUUAACAAGGAGUAUGAUAUAUGCCUAUGAAAUUUAAGGCUCCUUAAACUCAAUAUGUAUUAACAAUCGUUAGUAUCUACAAUAAAACCACUAACUUAAACAAACCUAAAUAUUUAAUCAUAAUAUGAAUUUAUAGAACCCAUAUAAGAUCCUGUUCUAUAAGUUGUAGUGGAGAGAAAUACUAUACACAAUUAAUUUUAAUUUACUUGGAGCUCCUUUUAUGCUACCCGAAACUACCAAAAAUAAUUAAUUUAGUUUGUUAAAUUGAACGAUGCAAUGAUGUAUUUGUUAACAGGAAAUUUUUUGCAAUUAAUUCGAAUUAUUAUAAGUCCUUAUCUUAUAUAAGGUUUAUGGAAUGUUAAUUUCCCCGAAAUUUAUCAGAAUUCUUAAACAUCUACACCAAAGUCUCAUUGCAACCGAUGUUAUGUUAUUUUUAGGUUGAAUAGUUAUUGAAUAAGUUAAAUGGAGGUAUUAAUAAAGUUUGACUGAAAAGCAAUUUGAAUUAAGAUCCUUAAAAUAUUGUAAAUUAACUUUAUUUAUUCAAUUCUAAAAGUUGCUAUUUUUCUGUUAUAGCAUCUAUAUUAAGUUACUUUAUCUUUUGCAUAUUAGUAUCAAAAUAUUAUAAACUAUCAUUUUCAAACUUGAAAAUAAAUUCAGAAAUAAUUUGAUAAUUAUCAAAAUGAUUCAUUUAUUUAAAAAUAAACUCAAAAGAAAUGCUUAAUUAAAAAAAAUUCAAUACUUUUCUAAAGGGAUUUUCAAAGUUUAUGAAACAGUCAUAUAUUAGUAUAUGUUCAGUGCUGUAUUAUCAUUUCCAAAUCACAAUUUUGAUUCUCCAUUUGAAAUUUUCAACAAUAUCAAUGCUAUUAUUGGAUUGUUGUUUAUUUUAAUGGUUACUUUUUCAUUACUUUCAAUUACUUAAUCUAUUAUAAAAAGGAUAGGAUAUGGAAGUAUUUUUAUUUUGAAAUACUCAUAUUUAAAUUAUAUAACCCUUUUGCUAAAUAAGUAGCAAGAGUCUAAAAAUAAAUUUGCUAUAGUAUCUGAAUAAUUAACGCAAUUAGAAGAAUGCACAGGACAAGUACUGACACAACCGUUUUAAAAUAGCAAUUAAUUAGUGUUACAUUUUUGA